GCGGAGAUGUUGCCCCGCCCCGCCGUCUGCACGGUUGUUAGUGAACGCGGAACUGCUGUUUACACUGCGCUCCAUCUCUGCAGACUGAAAGGGGAAAGACGCGCUCUGAAACACCGACGACAUUAUCAUUUUGGAUUGACUGGCGUUUGUCACUAAUGAUGUUCCGCUUGCGGGCAUUGUCCGCAGUUUCGGUGGGGCUAGCGCAGUUGUCCCGGCGCUACCACACUGGAGCAGUGCGAGGGUCUGGCCGGAGGAGGCUGAUGCUGGCAGCCCUGGCUGGGGUAACUGGUGUGUCUGCUAGUGCUGGGCUGCUCUGGAAAAGAGCAUAUGCAGAUGCGGGGCCAUCCGUUCGCCACUCUGAGCAACCAGGCGAAGAGGGACCUGAUUUUGUGAGGGAUACAGAUUCAGAUACAGAGUCAGAGAAAUCGGUGGAGGCCAGCAGUGGAGAUGAAGAAGCAAAGGAUGAAGGUGGUGAGGGGAAAAAAAAGAAGCCACGAUCUGGAUUCCGCGACCGCAAGGUGAUGGAGUAUGAGAACCGGAUAAGAGCCUACUCAACCCCAGACAAGAUUUUCCGCUACUUUGCCACUCUGAAGGUUGUCGGCGAGCACGGAGAUACUGAGGUCUACAUGACGCCCCAGGACUUCAUACGCUCCAUCACACCUAACGAGAAGCAGCCUGAGAGUCUAGGCCUGGAUCAGUUCAUUGUGAAGCGUUAUGACGGAAAGGACUUCUGGCAGACGGAGGUAACUCCACGUGGGCUCAGCGUGCCCCCCCCCCCUCCUAAGAAGAUCGCCCAGGAGAGGGAGAAGUUUGCAGAUGAGGACAGCAUUUUUUACACACUGGGGGAAUGUGGCCUUAUCUCUUUUUCUGACUACAUCUUCCUCACCACUGUGCUGUCCACUCCCCAGAGGAACUUCGAGAUCGCUUUCAAGAUGUUUGAUCUGAAUGGUGAUGGAGAGGUGGAUCUGGAGGAGUUUGACCAGGUCCAGAGCAUCAUUCGUUCCCAAACCAGCAUGGGCAUGCGCCAUCGUGACCGCUCCACCACAGGAAACACCCUGAAGACAGCCGGCUGCAGCUCUGCUCUCACAACCUACUUCUUUGGUGAAGACCUGAAGGGCAAACUCACCAUAGGCAGCUUUCUGGAGUUUCAGAGGAAACUGCAGCAUGAUGUGCUCAAACUAGAGUUCGAGAGGAACGAUCCUGUGAACGGCAGAAUCACGGAGAGACAGUUUGGGGGAAUGCUGCUGGCCUAUAGUGGCGUCCAGUCUCGUAAACUCAAGCAGAUGCAGAAGGGCUUGAAGAAGAUGUUUAAGGAUGCACAGGGCAUCACAUUUGAGGAGGUGGAGAAUUUCUUUACUUUCCUGAAGAACGUGAAUGACGUUGACACAGCCCUGAGUUUCUACCACAUGGCUGGAGCCUCCAUAGAUAAAGUGACCAUGAAGCAGGUGGCCCGAACCGUGGCCAAAGUGGAGCUGUCAGACCACGUGUGUGAUGUGGUGUUCGCUCUGUUCGACUGUGAUGGGAACGGAGAGCUUAGUAAUAAGGAGUUCAUAGCCAUUAUGAAGCAGCGGCUGAUGCGUGGAUUGGAGAAACCUAAGGACAUGGGCUUCACUCGGCUGGUGCGUGCCAUGUGGAAGUGCGCCCAGGAUACCGCCUGGGAUUUUGCCACACCGAAGACAUAAUAUAGACAGGAGGCAACGUGAGAGCGGGAGAGAAAGAAAGCGAGUGAAUGAAGCAACAACACCGGUAGCAUCAAAGGCCUUCUCCUUCAAUAGGUCUCAAGAAAAAUUUAAAUAGACAAUUAAUGCAGUGAAAUCACUGGCACCGCAGCUCUGAUCAAUCAUUAACGCAUGUUGCUGUAACAUUGUGGCCGAAGCAUGCUGACACAGCGCAGUCUGUCCUGAAAUGUUACUCCAGUCUUGUCUGUCUUAAGUCAUCAUAGGUGUUUGUAUAUUUUAAAAUAUACAAAGUUUGUAUGUUUAUUUUUGCUAUAUUAUACAGAGGAUUGCAGUGUCAGCAGAUUAUUUAUUGAACGCUAAAGACAGAACUUUUGUGUCUGUAUUUAACACAUUCUGCUGCUAAAAGGCGAGACAAGUGGAAUCCAUCUUAUUUGACCUUCAGCUGUAUAAAUGCCGCAGUAUGUCUGUCCUGUACUGACAACAGACCCUUAGUUAUUUCUUUGGCGGGACAGAGAGCAGAAGUCUGUAAUCUUGUUAGCGCCUCCUCGUUCAGUCUGCUAGCUCCAGCUGCGUCUUUGCUCCUAUCAUUUUGUACCCAUAAAAGAUCAAUGAUGCUUGCCUUGCUCUGCAAUGUGUUUUUCAAAGUGUGUAUUCUUCUAAUUAUUAUUGCUCACUGCAACACUUUAUAUAAGAUAUAUGUUAGAAGAAAUGCACUAUUAAAGAUGUUUUUAAUAAUGUAAAA